ACCUACCAUGUAGGCCUGCCGUAAUUUACUUUCGAUUGGUUGAUCAAGCUCAAACUUGUUCAAUUAGAAAACAACAUGGUGGAUGGCGCAUUAUUCGUCUGCUGUUCUGAUGUUAAAUGCUGAAUAACAUCUUUAUAUUUAUUUACAAUGAACAGGUGUAAAGAUGAUUAGAUAUGGCCACCAGCGCUGUACCAGUUUUAAUGGUUUUAUAUUCUAAUGAUGGUGUAGAAGUUCGUUACAAUGAUAAAACACGGCUACAGAUUUCACCCUGUGGUUCUACACUUACACAUUUUGAUAAUCCGGAUGCUGGAACACAUCCACUUUAUGGAACAACUAAAGUUCAACAGCGAGUUCGAUUUGUAACCAGUAAUCAUAGACACAAAGUUUUACAAGCUCUUGAUUUUAGAAACAGAUUCUCAGAAAGACCAUAUUUAUGUCGAGAAUUGACACCAAAAACAGAAAUAACAGCAUUGUACACGAAUAUUAAAGAAGUAAAAUGGCCACUUUCUCUACACAGAGCUCAAGUGGAGACGUUACCAGAUGGAAGUAUUCGCGUCAUGGCUACGGACGAUUUCGCAAGUCUGGUGUUAAGUCCACAUGGGCGAGAUUUUACUGUGUGUUAUCUUUCAAAAGUCAGCGAAGAAAUUAAGAAAGCUAAAACUACCUUUUCUCCAACAGUAGUUCGAGCGAAAACCGAUUUUCAUAAUCUUUCUAAAAAUAAUGAAUUAGAUUUUUCUGAUAGUCCAAAAGUUGAUUUUCUCAGAGCGGCGACUCCACCUCUUCAAGAUUUCACCAUCAACAAUGGCAGCUCUCCAGAAUUUAAAAUAGAUCCUAUUUAUACACAGAGAGUUUCCACGCCAACAAAACAUAAAACUGUUUCCAUCAACGAAACGCCCAUCGUUACUCCGUACGGAGUGACAGCCAUGUUUAAACAUCCUAAUAAGGAGCAUUCUCCCGGAUCAAAUGUACAUGAAUUAUCUAGUAUAAGCAAAAUAUCAUCAGAGGGUCUAAAUGGGACAAUUGAUACAGUUGAUAUUAGUCUAGUGCCAGGUGAUCAUAAAAAAGCAACCAAAGCUACCCAUAAUGAACCUCGUCAUCAUCCAAACUCAUCGGAUAACAAUAACAGUAAUUCGUCCAAUCAGAGUUGUGAAGAAGAUAGUUCCGUGAGAUAUUCCUACGUGUGGGUUACCAGACAUUAUUCUUGUAGUCAGUGUCCAAUGAUAUGGAGUCAUCCAUUAAAAUUAGCCACAAAAGUUUUGGAAAACCCGGAUGUUCUAAAAAAUAGAAAAGAAGUGGAAAGUAUACCAUCUCCAAAUACAAAACCAAAGAAAGAAGAUGUGGUCAAGAGUUGUCUACCCCUUCCACAACCUUUGACCUGUCCUUUUCAACAUUUACAUCGCUGGUCGACGGGGCAUGGAGAGGAAUUUCAGUCUGGUCGUUUGUCUGUUGUUAUGGCUGAUGGGGUUAUUUACAGAUUGGUAUAUUUACCUAGUACCACCAGUAUAGAGAUGUAUCCAGGUGAUGGAAGUGUUAUUUAUUCUCAUGGAAUCUCUGGUCAAUAUUAUCAACAUCUUCUCUUUAAACAAGGAAAGUUAGAAGAGAGAUCCUACAGUUUAAAAAGUCUUCCUCCACCCCUACCAAACUCCCCAUACUCCCUGGAGAAACUUGUCAAAAGGGGAUCCCGAUUUUUAUCCGAAGCUUUUGAAGCUGAUAAACACACUCGACGUGAAGAGCUGCCAUGUUGGAAGCAUGAAGAGAGUAAACCUAUGGAACCAAUAUCUUGUGAAAUAUUGGAAGAAUGUUGUGUUCCAGGACGUGGCAAGUUUUCCGCAUAUACUAACGGUCGUAUUCGUGUGGUAUUUGAUGAUAGAACAGCUCUGGAUAUGGUGUGUGAUUUUUCUAACAGACUUGAUGAAUGUUUACAGCACAGUGAGAAACCAUCCACGGCUAAUGUGAUGCCGAGAGUGACAGGAUUUGAUCGUUUGAUGGGUCGUGAGUCGUGUCGUCUGCUUCUACCUAAUGGACAAUAUAUACUGGUGGAUAUAACUAAACCAGGAAUAUACAACAAAUAUGUAACAGCUGCCAUAGAAUGGGCUAAAUGGGUCAACUCCUUACCCAAAGAUCGUGGACAUUUUUAUCAGGACAUGGAAGAAUCUAACAAACAACCGUAUUGUGUAGCUGCAGAAUUAAAGAAAAUUAAUUGUUUUAAUUAUAUAAUUGAUAACACAGUCUUAAACCAGAAUUCUAAUUCAAGCAUUUCACUAGAUCAUCAUAACAUUCCCGAAUCUGCCUUCAGGGGUAAUCAGGCAUCCUUAUAUGGUAGUCGGGACAGUGGUUACACUACACAGUAUAGUUCCUCUUAUGCAUCGCGUAAUAAUUAUAGUGCUAUGGACAUACAGCGUGCUUGUCAGGCCAAAGAUAUGGAGAUAUUUAACGGUUUUAACUCUGUACGACAAGCUUUAUUAAAAACAUCCAAGUUAAUUAACGACAUUGAUCAUAUGCUGGAAAAACCAAACUGAAUUAUUAACCAGUCCUACUCACAAGUUGUCAACGUAAUCUGAUUCCAGGCUUCAAUGGAAUAGUAUUGUAAAUAUUUUUGUAAAUGACUUAAAUUAAUGGAGACAAUUUGUAUAAAAAUAUAGAAGAUUUUUAAUUGUAAAUAUUUAUUUUGUAAUUUAAUAAAACAAAAAACAUUG